AUGGGCGACACAAACUCUGUCAAAGCGCAGCUUUGGGGCAGAAUGAAGGAGUUCACUCCAUUGGUGGCUUUUGGAACUUUCUAUACGAGUAUCGCCAUGUUCAACUACGGAUACGAUGUUGGUGUUUUCAGUGGUCUUCAAGCCAUGGAACCAUUCGAGAAGAGGUUCGGUACCUGCACUCCACAGGGGAAAUGUGCACUGCCGUCCUACUUGUCCUCCAUCAUGAACUCAACACCAUUCCUCGGAAAGCUCAUCGGAUGCUGGUUGGGCGUGCCAAUCGCAGAGAGGCUAGGCAGGAAGAAGGCCAUGCUAAUCAUUGCACUCGUGUCUCUUGUCGCAGUGUCUCUGCAGAUUUCAGCCACAACUGCCGCCCAGUUUACUGUUGGCCGCAUCCUGGCAUUUGGCAUGACGGGUAUCUGUGUCAUCUCGAUCCCAGCAUACAUGGCUGAGAUUGCGCCGCCUAGCCUUCGUGGCCUAAUCUCCUCGCAAUUGCAGAUUCAAAUCGUCUUCUCGCAACUAGUUGCGAGUGGCAUCAACUACGGCACAGCAAACAUACCAAACAACAAUAGCUGGCGCAUUCCAGUCCUAAUCCAAUUCGUCAUGCCUGUCUUUCUGCUUACCUUGCUCCCUAUCUUAGUAGAAUCACCACGUUGGCUCAUUUCUCGAGGGCGACAGGAGGACGCUAUGCAAGCACUCCAGAAGCUACGAAAGAAGGAUACAUCAGUCGAGUCCCUUCAACUCGAGAUAGACAUGCUCUCCAGCUUCAAGGAGAACGAAGAGAAAGGAUCUUGGCGAGAGGUCUUCCAGGGCACAAACAGGCGCCGCACCUUCAUCGUCACCAUCGCCAUGAUCGGCCAACAAAUAACCGGCCAGUCCUUCGCCUCCCAAUACAGCACCAUCUUCUACACCCAACAAGGCUUCACCAACGCCUUCGCCCUCUCCCUCAUCUCCACCGCCGUCUCCUUCGCCGGCGUCCUCAUCAGCGGCUUCUUCGUCGACGGCCUCGGACGACGACCCCUUCUGAUCGGCGGUGGCCUCUCGCAAGCCUUCUGGCUCUUCCUGCUCGGCGGCAUGGGCACAAUCGCCGAUCCCACCCAGGCGCAGAAGCACACGCUCGUCGCGUCGCUGAUGCUCUUUGGCGUGUCGUACGGGCUGUCGUGGGCGUCGCUGUCAUACGUAAUCCUUGCCGAGGCUGCCUCCCGCCGCGUCGUCGAGAAGACCAACAUGCUGGCCAUCUCGCUGUCCGUCGUGACGGCAUUUGUCGUAUCGUUCACCGUCCCGUAUCUGGUCAAUGACGGUUAUGCGGGGUUGGGUGCGAGGGUCGGAUUUGUGUAUGGAGCUUUGGCACUGCUGAUGGCGGCGUUGGCGUGGCUGUUUGUGCCGGAGAUGAAGGGGCUGGAGCUUGAGCAGUUGGAUCGGCUGUUUGAGGCACGCACGCCGACCAGGUCUUUUGGGAAGGUGGAGUUGGAGCGGCUGGGCGGUGAGCAGGACAAAGUUGGAGCGGAGCAGCUGUAG